GUGUGUUAAAUAAGUUGAGAAUAUCGGUAUCUUAGGUGAAAAAUUAUCAACAUGAUCUUUAUUUUGGUUUAAGCUUUUAUUUCGUGUUAUACAUACAUUUCAGUGUUUCGUACACGGAUAUGCUCAAAGCAAAGGAUCGUAGACCUACCCAGAGGAGGAGAAUGUAGCGACGAAGUUAUACCGAAGAAGAAGUUGAGGCCUCUACUUAAUAUUGAAGAUUCUAUUUGCAAAAAUCGAUGUCUACAUCUUUCCACAGGCCCAUAAACCAAAACGUGGUUCCAUAGCGAACACGAAACCUAUAUGGUUGGACUAUAAAAUCUGAUGAAAUUUGUUACAUCGAGACACACCUAAGUGAAGGACUGUGAGCUGAUAUCUAUGUGCCACUUGUUCGGUAUCAUCCUUACCUCGACAAACUGCCCUCUCAGUUGGGUUCUGAUGAAAAAGAGACUUUGUCGAGGCACGGCUCGAUUGACCAGCAUCCAGACAACGGAGUGUGGAAAAAAAAUCUCCUUGAAGCAUUUCUUUAUCAAAUUUAGGAUUGCUAUCGAACAAGCGAUUCAGAGAAGGAGAUUCUGGCACUUCUACCGUGCAUCAAAUGAGAAGAAUAUACGUAUUCUGAGAUGUCCUUGGGUCGUUCUCUGUCCAUUUCGCAUGCCAAUCGAUCUACUCGGAAUCUGCACCGUUCGACUUAAUCAAGUUACCGCUAGUUCAUUACUCAGAAAAGCUAAUAAAUUGGAUUAUCUCGAUUACUUUUGGUUGUACUUCAAUUUCCAAGUGUGAGAAUCGUGUUUUGAUGCUCAGAAAAUACAGAAGAAUAUUUCACAGCUCAA